UCACAAAAUCUCCCUCUCUCCCAAUCCCUCAAAAAGAAAAAAAGAAAAGAAAAAACCCUUUCUUUUUGUUGUUUUUUAAUCCAAAAAUGGCUGAACCAGCAACAGCAACCCAAGCAGCAGCACCAGCAGUACCUCAACUAAAAGAUGAACUCGAUAUUGUUAUACCAACUAUAAGAAACUUAGAUUUUCUUGAGAUGUGGAGACCAUUUUUUCAACCUUACCAUCUCAUCAUUGUUCAAGAUGGUGAUCCUUCAAAGACUAUCAAAGUCCCUGAUGGUUUUGAUUAUGAACUUUAUAAUAGGAAUGAUAUUAACAGGAUUUUGGGUCCUAAAGCUUCUUGCAUUUCAUUCAAGGAUUCCGCUUGUCGUUGCUUUGGUUAUAUGGUGUCUAAGAAGAAGUAUAUUUUCACCAUUGAUGAUGACUGUUUUGUUGCUAAGGACCCAUCUGGUAAAGCAAUCAAUGCACUUGAGCAACACAUCAAGAACCUAUUGUCCCCAUCCACACCCUUCUUCUUCAACACCUUAUACGAUCCCUUCAGAGACGGUGCUGAUUUCGUUCGUGGCUACCCUUUCAGUCUCCGCGAGGGUGUUCCCACUGCCGUCUCUCAUGGCCUAUGGCUAAACAUCCCAGAUUACGACGCACCAACUCAACUUGUCAAGCCUCUCGAGAGGAACACUAGGUUUGUUGACGCGGUCUUGACAAUUCCAAAGGGUACUUUGUUCCCUAUGUGCGGUAUGAACUUGGCAUUUGACCGUGAGCUCAUUGGCCCUGCAAUGUACUUUGGACUCAUGGGAGACGGUCAACCUAUUGGUCGUUACGAUGACAUGUGGGCUGGUUGGUGCACCAAGGUGAUAUGUGACCAUUUAGGACUCGGGGUCAAAACCGGGCUACCGUAUAUCUACCAUAGCAAAGCAAGUAACCCAUUUGUGAACUUAAGGAAGGAAUACAAGGGUAUUUUCUGGCAAGAAGAGAUUAUUCCAUUUUUUCAACAAACUGUACUUCCAAAAGACUGCACCACUGUCCAAAAAUGUUACAUUGAAUUGGCUAAACAGGUCAAAGAAAAGCUAAGCAAAGUUGACCCAUAUUUUGACAAGUUGGCUGAGGCUAUGGUCACAUGGAUUGAAGCUUGGGAUGAGCUUAACCCAACUGGUUCUUCAGUAACAAAUGGCAAAGCAAAAUAAAAAAGAGAAAAACAGGGGAUCUUCAUUAGCCACAAUUGCUAUUGUUGAGUUAUUUAUUUAUUGUACCUUUACUUAUGUUAUAAUGUUUUUUUUUUUUUACAGAUUUUUGAAGGACAUUGAUGUAAUUUUAUUGUUUUUAUGUUCCAUGAAGUUUACAGCAUUAAAAACUUCAUUAUCUUUAUUUUGUUUUAUAAUAUUAAUAAAAUGAAUUCCUUUUUGGAAUUUUGAUUCGAAGAAAA